AUGACGAGCAAGAUCUGGAGAGGGGCAUUAGGGGCAGUAAAGGAUCAAACAAGCAUCGGUUUAGCCAAGGUCGGAAGCACCACCGCCCUCGCCGACCUCGACAUCGCCAUUGUUAAGGCCACCAAGCACAACGAGACUCCCGGCGACGAGAAACACGUCAGAGAGAUCCUUAGCUUGACAUGUUACUCUCGCUCCCAUGUCAGCGCCUGCGUCUCCGCCAUCUCCCGCCGUCUCAGCCGCACUCGAAGCUGGACCGUCGCCUUGAAGUCCCUGGUCCUCAUCGAACGGCUCCUCCAAGAGGGUGAUCCCGCUUAUGAGCAGGAGAUCUUCUUCGCCACACGGCGGGGCACUCGGCUUCUCAACAUGUCGGAUUUUCGGGACAGCUCGACGGCUAACUCGUGGGACUUCUCGGCGUUCGUGAGGAUGUAUGCGUUGUACUUGGACGAGAGGUUGGAGUAUAAGAUGCAGAAUAAGAGAGGAAGAAGAAGCUCGUUCGGAGACGGAGAUGGAGACGGAGACAGAGAGAGAGACAGAGACAAAGACAGAGAGAAGAACAGAUCAGAAAGCUUGGGUAGGUCUACGCCAUUGCAUGACUUGAGGACAGAGGCAUUGUUCCCUAAGAUGCAACAUUUACAGAUAUUGCUUGAGAGGUUCUUGGCUUGUCGUCCCUCAGGAGAAGCAAAGAACCAUCGAAUUGUGAUGGUGGCUCUCUACCCUAUAUUGAAGGAGAGUUUCCAAAUAUAUUUUGAAAUGACAGACAUUCUGGGGAUCUUGGUUGACCGUUUUGAGGAUAUGGAGGUUCAAGAUUGCAUCAAGGUUUAUGACAUUUUCUGUCGUGUUGGAAAGCAGUACGAUGAACUAGACCUCUUCUACACAUGGAACAAGAGUAUGGGGAUUGCACGUUCUUCUGAGUUCCCAGACAUCGAAAGGAUCACCUCCAAGAAACUCGAGGUCAUGGAUGAUGUCAUUAGAGAGAGAACCGCCAUGGAACACUCAAAAGGAAAUGCAAAACCCCAGGAAGAGAAUAUUGCAGAACCAGAAAAACCAGAGCCACAAGAGGAUAUGGAUGCAAUCAAGGCACUACCACCACCAGAGACAAAAGAGGAACCAGCAGAAGAGCCCAAAAUUGAGGAACCAAAAGUUGCACAAGCAGAAGGUGACUUGUUGCACUUAGGAGAUGAUGAUAUGGUAACAAGAGAACAACAUGAGGAUAAACUAGCCUUGGCUCUGUUCGAUGGCGCAGGACCGACGACUUCCGAGUCAUCUAGUGCCACACUAGCUCUUCCAUGGCAUGCUUUUGGAGAUGGUUCAGAUUGGGAAACGACAUUGGUGGAAUCAGCUAGCAAAUUGUCAAACCAGAAGCCAACAUUAGGAGGUGGAUUUGAUGCGUUAUUGUUGGAUGGGAUGUAUAACCAAGCAGCUACAAAUUCAGCCAUUCAAGGGUAUAGCUAUGGUGCCGGAAGUGCAAGCAGUGUGGCUCAAGGUUCGACCGGAAGGUCCCCGAUGCUUGCCCUGCCAGCACCACCGGCUUCUUCAGGAUGGGUUAAUAAUGCAGACCCAUUUGCAGCUUCAAUGGCAGUGGCACCUCCGGCUUACGUUCAAAUGUCGGAGAUCGAGAAAAAGCAGAGAUUGAUGGCGGGGGAACAAUUAUUGUGGCAGCAAUAUGCAAGAAAUGGCAUGCAGGGCCAUGCUGGGAUGGCAAGGAUGCAACCUAGCAAUUACAUGGGAGGGUAUCCAACAAACUUUGGGAGCUAUUAUCACUAA